GGCCUAAUGAAGAUUAAAAAUUGUAAUCAUAUCCAUAAUAAUAAUAAUAAUAAUCGUAAAAAUAUGAUGAAAAUGUUUUCAUCCGAUAAUGGGAUGAAUAAUGUUGAAUCAACACAGCAACCGGUCAACAAUGAUUCGAUUGAUAAAGAUUCUGAUUCUAAUCAUUUGAAUAUAAAUGGUGAUGGUCAUCAUUUUAAUAUCGAUGGAUUUCUUAUCAAUCAUCAUCAUCAUCAACAACAACAAGAAAAUGGAAACAAUAAUCAUAUUCAUCAAACAAUUGAUCAACAACAAUCAAAUGAUAUGGAUAUUGAUACGAUUGAUGCAGCAAUUGAUGAUGAUCAAAAUUUAUUUUGUCCAGUAUCAUUAUUAGAACAAUCGGAAACAAUUAUUUCAUCACAAAAAUCAUUAACCAAAGAAUCAUCAAUAAUAUUAAAUCGUGAUAUUGAUCAUCAUGAAGAUAAUAAUAAUAAUGAUAAUCAAGAACAGAAUAAUAAAAAAUUAAAAAUUAUCGAAACAGAAAAUAUAACUUCUACAUCAUCAUCAUCAUCAUCAACAUCAUCAUCAUUAUCAUCUCCAUCAUUAUCAUCAGCAAGCAAUAAGAAUCUUAAUAAUAAAGACUUUGAUAAUAAUAAUUUAUAUUUCAAUAUUAAUCAUUCUAAUCCAACAAAUUUUAUAAAUAAUAAUAAUAAUAAUAAUAAUAAUUCAUCAAAUACAAUGGUUGAUGAUGAUGAAAUAUUUAAUGAUACAAAUGUUUUAUGGAAAACAUCGGAUAAAUUUGAUACAAUCAUUUCUGAUAAUGAUCAAUCAUCAUCACCACCACCACCAUUAUUGUUGAAUGAUAUAAAUGCAAAUAUUGAUGUUGAAACGAAUGCUAAUUAUAACAACAACAAUUAUAAUGAUGAUAACAAUAUUGAUGAUAAUAUUGAUAAUAAUAUUAUUGAAAUUCAAUUAACCGAUCUCAAAAGUAAUUAUUCAGAAUUUCAAGAUUUUGUAUUAUUAUUUCUUUAUAUAACAAAUGUAAAGCAUUGUGAAUUUGAAUUUUAUCGUAAUGGAAUGAAAUUGAAAUUUGAAACAGAUCAUUGUUUGUUGUUGUCAAAUGUUAAUAUCAAUAAUAAUGAGAUUCCGAUUCUUAAUCCAAUUCAAUUGAAAAGAAAUUAUAUCUAUCUAUUAAAUCUUACUUUUAAAAAUGAAAUUGUACCGGAAAAAUGUUUGGUAAAAAUUUCAAAGAAAACUGUUGAAAUUCGUAUACAAAAAUUAAUUCUUAUUACAUGGGGUACAAUCAAAGAACUUUGUAUUACACCUAAUUUAUUAUCAUCAACAGAUACGGUUGUUAGUAAAACGCCAAUGAUACUUGAUUCAAAUUCAUCAUUACCACCACCAUCAUCAUCAUCUUCAUCAUCAUCCAUAUCACCAUUGUCAACAUAUAGCCUAAAUAAAUGGACCCCGUGCAGAUUAUCAUCGUCUUCCAAUGAUUCAAAUUGUCGAUUUUCUCAAGAUAAUAUGAUGUUAACAGUAUCAAAAUCUUCGGAUAAUAAUAAUGAUAUUAAUGAUAAUGGAGAAAUCGAAUCGGCCGUCAAUACAAAUCGUUAUGGUCGUUUUCGUGGAUAUACUGGCUUAGAUAAUCUGGGCAAUACUUGUUUCAUGAAUGCUGUAUUACAAUGUUUGGCCAAUACUGACCCGUUAAAAGAUUAUUUUCUUUCUAAUAAAUAUCUUAACGAUAUAAAUACUACAAAUCCUUUGGGGAUGAAAGGUAUGAUGGCACGAGCAUUUGCACAAUUUCUUUUACAAUUGUGGAUGGGUAAACAAUCGUCAAUAUCACCAACACGAUUGAAAUCAUUGAUUGGAGAAAAAGUGAUUACAUUUGUUGGGUUUAGUCAACAUGAUGCUCAGGAAUUAAUGUCAUUUUUAUUGGAUGCCAUUCAUGAAGAUCUUAAUCGAAAUGAAACAAAGACGGAUAAUCAUAAAAAUAAUAAUAAUGAUGAUGACGAUGAUAGUCUACUGGAUUAUGAUAUAAAUGAUUGUCCAUCAAAUGAAAUUCGUGAAAAAAUAUUCACAAGAAUUAAAGAGAUUGCCGACCGUGCUUGGAAACAAUAUCGUUUACGAAAUAGUUCGAUCAUAAUCGAUUUAUUUUGUGGUCAAUUCAAAUCGAUUCUUACAUGUCCGGAUUGUAUGAAAAAAAGCAUUAUAUUCGAUCCAUUUCUAUUUGUACCGUUACCGAUUCCACCCCCUAAAUUAAUAUAUAAUGUUAUUUAUUUUGAUCGUGAUAAUCAAACCGACAUGUGCAAAAGUAUUUCAAAGUUUUCCAUUCGUGUUGCUCAAAAUUCAACGGUAAAUGAUUUAUUGGAAAAAUUAUAUCGAGAAAAACAAAUUAUACCAACGAAAAAUGUUCGAAUAAUGCAGCCACAAUUAAGGUCACAACAAACACAUUAUCAUCAUUUAAGAGAUAUAAUGCCCGUGAAAUUCUUCAAUUCUAAUUGGCUACUUACCGAUUGUCAACAACCUCAACAAUCAAGUUUUAUGAAUAAUAAUCAUUCAUCAUUGAAUAUAUCGAAUCAACAGCCAUUAUUGUUAUUCGAAGUGCCACCAUCAUUAUUGUCAGAUAGCGAAAAUGUUGAUAAUAAUGAACAUGUUGAAUUUUGUAUCGUACAAAGAGAAUUACGUGAAAAUUCUGAUUUUCGUAGCCAUCAAAUUGGAUUGCCAUUUGUUUGUUCUAUAAAAAAAUCUCGCUUCUCAUAUAGUCAUCUUUGUGAAGUACUUUGUUCAUAUGCUCGAUUUUCGGUUAUCGCCUAUCGUCAAGCAAUGGCUUUGAACAAUGAAUCUGAUCUCGAUCCAAAUCAAUUUGGCAAUCUCAAUAGAUUCAAUGUUCAUUCGUUUACGCCAAAAAAUGUAGCAAAAUCAUCUAAUAAUAAUAAUAAUAUGGAAACCAAUGAUCCAUUACCACAUUUAAUAUAUCAUAAAUGCAAAAUUCCACAACCAAACGAUACGAUUGCGCCAUUUUUACUCAUGACAUUGUCGUUCGAUAUGAAUGCUGAAGAAACGGAAAUAACACCACCGGCAUCUGUUUCUUAUAAAAAUGUAGAUAUGGAACAAGAUGAUGAUGAAUAUGGUGAUGUAAAUUCGUCCACAUCAACAAAUGGUGACGAUUCACCAAUGCAUGAACCAUCAUCAUCACUUCAAGAAGAAGGUGAAGAAGAAUUUCUCAUAGAAAAUGAUGAACAAGAACAACAAUGUCAACAAUCGACAGAUGAAUAUGAAGAAGAUGAAAUCAUUUCCGCUGAUAAUGAUCAAUUACUCGAUAUAAACAAUCUUUAUUUCAUUGGUAUGGAUUGGAUUACAGUCAAAAAUUUUCCUUCAUAUCCAUUUGCUGUAAAAUUGAAUUCGUUGGAGAAAAAUAUUGAAUAUGAAAAUAUUGGAAAUGAUGAAGAUGAUGUUACACUUGAUGAUUGUCUACAGGCAUUUAUUGAACCAGAAAUUCUAGGUCCACAAAAUUGUUGGCGUUGUCCUAAUUGUAAAGUACCUCGUGAAGCUUCAAAACAGUUAUCAUUUUGGAGUCUACCAUCCAUACUGGUUAUACAGUUAAAACGUUUAAAGACACAUUCAUCAAGCUAUUUUCAUGAAAAAAUUAAUUAUAUGAUAAAAUAUCCAUUCGAAUUGAAUCUGGAAAAAUAUACAGCUAACCAUCAUAAUAAUAAUGAUAAUGAUAAUAAUAAACAACAACCAUCACCAAUCUAUGAACUUUAUGCUGUGGUCAAUCAUCAAGGUCGUCCAGCAUGGGGACAUUAUACUGCAUUUGCUCGUUCAUCUCAUUCAAAUGAAUUUGGUUGGCGUUUAUUCGAUGAUAGUUGUGUGGAUAAAAUAAUGGACGAUCGUGAAGUUAUUACAUCAAAAGCCUAUUUAUUAUUCUAUAGACGUCGUGAAAUUGUUGAUUGAUAAUUGUGAAACAUUUGGUUUUUUUUGUUUGUUUGUUUGUCUUUGAAAAUUAAUUGUGAUCUACUUCUUUUAAAUACAUACAUACACAAAUACACGUACAUCAUUACCCUUUCUUUUAUACUUUUUACAAACAAAAUUUUGGGUAAACAAAAAACAUAGUUAAUAUUUUAUA